GAGGAGUUUAUCCCGGUCUCUGCCGCUCCCGCCGGCUUCCCCUCCCGGUCCAUCCCCAGGGGUUUAUCCCGGUCCCUGCCGGUGUCCGGUGCCGCUGUCCGGUCCCCCCGUGAUGCGGCCGGCCGCGGUGCUGUCCGCUCUGUCCGUGCUGUCCGCUCUGUCCGUGCUGCCCCGGGCCCGGGCUCUGUCCAGCUGCCGCUCGCUGGACCUGGAGGCGGCGCGGCUGAAGCGAAUCGAGGCCGUGCGGGGACAGAUCCUGAGCAAGCUCCGGUUACCGGCACCGCCCGCCGAGCCCGCGGCGCCGCCGCCGCUGCCCGAGGAGGUUCGGGCGCUCUACAACAGCACCCGGGAGCUGCUGCGGCAGCGGGAGCGGCUCCGGCCGCCCGAGGACCCCCGGGACUACUACGGGAAAGAGCUGCUGAGAUUCGCCAUGGAGAGCCCCGGGGACGGCGAGGCCGAGCGCUGGCGCCCCACCCCACAGAGCCUCUUCUUCGUGUUCAACGCCUCGCGCGUGCGGGCCGGGCUGGGCCGGGCCGAGCUGAGCCGCGCAGAACUGAGGAUGCUGCGCCAGGGGACACCGGGGACAGCACCGGGGACAGCGGGGACAGCCCUGGGGACCGAGCAGAGAGUCGAGCUCUACCAGGGCUUCGGGAACUCCUCCUGGCGUUACCUCCAGGGCCGCUCCGUCCGUGUCACGGCCGAGGACGAGUGGCUCUGGUUCGACGUCACCGACACCGUCCAGCAGUGGCUGCACAGCUCCGAGCCGCUGGGGUUGUUCCGGCUCAGUGUUCACUGCCCCUGCGAGCGCGGCGCCGGCGCCGAGCCCACCCUGAGGAUCAGCAUCGAAGGGUUCGAGCAGCCCCGUGGGGACAUGCAGAGCAUCGCGCGCCGCCACCGCCGCGUCCCGCACGUCCUGGCCAUGGCGCUGCCGGCCGAGCGCGCCCAGGCCCUGCACGGACACCGCCAGCGGCGCGGGCUGGACGGACAGACCUGCGGGGGGCCGGGGGAGCAGAGCUGCUGCGUGCGGCCGUUGUACAUCGACUUCCGCCGGGACCUGCAGUGGAAGUGGAUCCACGAGCCCCGCGGCUACAUGGCCAACUUCUGCGGGGGGCCCUGCCCCUACAUCUGGAGCGCCGACACGCACCACAGCACGGUGCUGGCGCUCUACAACCUGCACAACCCCGGCGGCUCGGCGGCGCCGUGCUGCGUCCCGCAGAGCCUGGAGCCGCUGCCCAUCGUUUACUACGUGGGGCGCAAGGCGCGCGUGGAGCAGCUCUCGGGGAUGGUGGUCAGCGCCUGCACCUGCAGCUGACCCCAAAACCCCCGAUUCUCGCCCCAAAAUCCCCCCGGGACCGCCAAAAAACGUUAUUUAAUUUC